AACAAUGACAACGAACGAUGACGUGUUAUUUUCAGGCGUUAACAUCCACACCAGCCGAACAAUGUCUUCCAUUCUCCUUCGGCCAGUCGGAAGAUUACGGAGAUCAGUAUCGCAUCGGUGGCACUGAUGCCUACAUAUUCCGGACAUCCCGUAGCCUCAUUUAUCCGGCAGUGCUACCGAGAACAUCAUUUCAUUCCAUACGACAUCCGUUUACUAUCUUGUGUGCUUGUUUAGGUCCGUUUACGUAAUAUGAUGCAACAAGCCGAACUUUGGCCACCAUGUGAUUUACGUGCAGCUAUAAGAACCUGCAUGAAGACGGGCAAUGCGCAUUCCUUGUCUAGCUUACAUCCCGAAUACACUUCUAAAACUUAAAGAACAGUCAUACGGAACAGACGCCGUGACGGGAUGGCUGUCGUUCACAAUCUGAUCGCCAACAUAGGAGAUGAUGUCACUGUUCUCUGUUCAGCGCUUCUGUACGCGCUCAGUCUGUUCGCCGCGUCUUGGCUGUACCUACGCUGGCGGGCCUGGGCUCGAGACCUCCCACCAGCCCCUUCGUUCUUCAUGUCUCAUUGGCUAUUACUCAAGGCCGUGCUGACCAAGCGAACUGCGUCUCAUCUUUUCUUUUCUGACAUUGCCAAGAAAUACGGCCCAGUAUACGGUAUCUGGAUCGGACACCUCUUUGUUACCGUCGCGACGGACGUGGAGCUGUGUAAGGAAGCAUUGCUCAGAAACCACGAAAGCUUUCCCAACAGAAGGAAUAUCGGUGUUCUCGCCAAACUCUUUGAAACUGAGGGCGGAAUAGUCAGCGAAAUUGGGCCAGCCUGGAAGGAACGUCGUCGGUUCGGUGUAAGCGCCAUGCGACUGUUUGGUGCCGGUAAGCGAAGCCUAGAACCCAAGAUCAACGGAGAGGCCAACUACCUGGUUCAAAGCUUUGCUGAUUACUCCGGCAAGCCCUUCGAUCCAAGCCCUCUAGUCCUCAACGCCGUCUCCAACAUCAUUGCCCAGAUCAGCCUCGGCCGGCGCUUCGAGUACACGGACCCCGUCUUUCAGGAGAUACUCGGGCUCAUGAAAGAUGUGAGCGAGGUGGCUGUGCUAGACCCGGGCAACGUCUUCCCCUUCCUGGUUGAUAGUUUCCUCUACAAUGACAAGCGGUCCAAGUUUCGGAGGUUGAAGGACUUCAUCGAGUGCAACGUCCGCAGCCACAGGGAGACCCACGACGUUAACAACCCGCGCGAUCUGAUCGAUAUGUACCUACGUGAAAUUGAAAAAGAGGGGGGACAGGGGAAAGAAGAAAGCCCGAUGAAUGGUAAAGCCAUCUUUACCGAGUCGAACAUUUGGCGGUUUAUCCAUGACCUCUUCCUAGCCGGCACCGAGACAACUUCCUUCAGCUUGCUGUGGAUUAUACUGAUCGUGACCCUACAUCCUGAAAUACAGGAGAAAGUACAAGAAGAAAUUGAUGACGUCAUCGGAAGAUCCAGACAGCCCACGACCUCCGAUUUGCUCUCCAUGCCCUACACGCGUGCGACUAUAUCGGAGGUGCUGAGGCACCGGCCGGUACUGCCCAUCUACCAGCGGGAGACGCCAUUGGACCGGCAAGGCACCUUCGGUCAGUACACGGUCCCUCGUAACUCCUAUUUCUUGCUGAACGUCCAUGGAAUUCACCACGAUCCCGAGCUGUUCCCGGAUCCAGACGCGGUGCGGCCCGAGCGGUUCCUGUCGAUCGACGAGAACGGUCAGCGCACGUACUCCGGAAAGGGACUUCCACUCCUUAAUUUUGGCUUAGGUAAACGGGCGUGUGUCGGGGAGAGUAUGGCCAGAGCUGAAAUAUUUUUGUUCUUCGUCAACCUCUUGCAGAGGUUUACCUUCACUAUUCCGCCCAAUGACGUCACGCCUGAUCUAGAGGGCGUCCCAGGUCGCAUAUGGAGUACCCCAACCUUCAGGCUGUGCGUCCAUACCCGCUAAAAAGUUGACAAAAUAACCACGCAUUUUCAUGCCACGGAGUGUAAAUAUCAAAUGAAAUCAGAAUUCUGCACUUCGACGCUAGCAAACAGCAGUUCACCAAAGAAUGUAGAAAUUCACUUUCUCUUUAACAGUGCAAGGCAACAGGGAAGUCAGGCAAUUGGACGAAAACAAUCCUGACACUGAUGAUGAAAUUAUAUAUCAACGUGUUAUUAACACGUUAUAAAGUGUUAUAAAGCUAUAAAAAGUUGACUUUUGGCGAGACCAAACGAUGUAACAGAUGAGUGUUAGAAUAUCAAAAUAAUGAGAUAUGUCUUUAAUUCAGUCAAGAGAGAAACGUAUUUAUAUGCCAGCAUUUGUUUUGUACUUUGUUUACUUGAACUAGGUUGGCAACUUUUGUAAGCCCACUUUAUUAACUGCAUUUGUGUGUGUUUCUCAAAAUGGCACUUAUUUUUGUCUGUCAUAGCUGAACAGGAUAUCAACGAGCUAGAGUAAACAAUCAAACUCUGUGUUACAAAGUUAGAAAAAAGUCUGGAUGCAAUGUUAUUUAUGUUUUUGCAACGGCAAAUGAGGUUUGUUGAUAAAAUACACGGAACAUGGCUCGGCACAUUUGACAAGUUGUCAUUACUGAUAUGUUUGUUUUGAAUUUCAUAAAUGAACAUAUCAAUGUUAUCAUAGUAUUCCAUUUAGAUUUUGAAUGCAUAUACAAAUAUUAAAAUGUAAUUGAUACACUA